CCGCGCUUCGAGAAAGCUCAUGGGCCGGCACUUCAAAAGUAGCUUCUAUCCAUAUCUGAACCAAGAAGUCACCACGAUCUUCAAGUAAUCUGAUACGUCUAUCAGGAGUUUGUGGUGCGCCGCCACAUGCAAGAUCUUGCUAACGACAAGGUACGGUUAUGCUCGAUUUCACUCCGAGAUACUGGAUGCCAGAAAUCCGCAACAGGUUGUGUGUCAAGUCAUGUCUGAACGAUCUCUUGACCAGCCCAAUGAAACCUGGUGGUCUAAUCGGACCCGCUCUCGUAGUGUAGACCUCGCUCAGUUCGACGACGAUCUUGAGGCCAAGUCUGAGGGACAUCCAGUAUCUUGCAGGAACAUCGUGGUUUUCGGAGAGACUGGAGUCGGUAAAAGCUCCUUGAUCAAUCUGAUUGCAGGCCAGGAUAUCGCCCCCACAUCCCCAGACGCACUUUCCUGCACCACUGAAGAGCGUGCUUACGAGGUCUGUAUACGUGGCCAGAGGUUCGCUCUGCACGAUACAGUGGGUCUCGGGGAGGGAAGUCAUGGGUCAACGUCAGCGGAUAUGACUCCCGCCAAAAAAGAUGGGCUGCAUCUGCUAGUCUACUGUAUGCGUGGAUCAAGGGCCACCAGAACACUACGUCAUUCGUACGAAGCCUUCGCCGCGGCGGUCGCAGGGAUGGAAGUUCCAGUCGUUCUUGCUGUGACAUGCAUCGAUGACCUGUCGGAGGCAGGUGAUUGGUGGGAGAGGAAUAGGGCAAUGAUAAAGGGCCUUGGGAUCCGGUUUGAUGGCCAUGUUUGCGUAUGCACACUUCCCGGAGACUCCUACCGUGAUCGCCGCUUCCAGUCAAAAAUCGACAUUUGCGAAAGAAUCUCAGAAUUGUGCAGCCAUGAUGGUGUUCGUGUGCGGCGCCCACGGCGCCAGAGGAGUUUGCCUUUUACUAGAUGAUAUUUGGUGUUUGUUCGAUUACUUACUUUGUAUACAUCUCGCUGG